GCAGCGCAGAUUCUUAUGAAAAUAUUGGUUGAACACCUUUAAAUGUCCGGCAGGAAGACGGGGCACCUGGCUUCAAGAGAUGGCACGAAAAGCAAUGGGAAUCUUUUAUCUUUGUCUCUGCGUUGGCCUCGCGUAUUCACAGAGGUCUACUAUCACUCCAGCUCCAUCAACCGCUACAGAAAACAAGAACCAGGCCACAGCCCCCACGACCAUCAGCAUGACACAAACGUCCAGCGUAAUACCAACAGCCAGCACGACAGGAACACCCAACAUAACAAAUUCCUACGCAACAAAAGUGCCCAACGUAACAACCGCCAACACAACCGGAGUGCCCAACACAACGCCAAAUGUGCCUCCCAGUGGAUCAGAAAAUGCGAGCACGGUUGUAAACACCACCGUGACCCCGUUGGCUGCAAAUGGCACCCAGACAACUGCGGCCAACCAGACCAACAUUGUAGCCUCUACCUCCAGUCCUAAUAGCACACUGUCGACCCUAGCCCCCACCACACACACGACGGCGAACUCCACAGUCACACCAACAUUGAAUGCCACAGCUCCUACUCUAUUCACCAAUACAAAGACAACAGAGUUAACACCAGAGGCUGGUUUCCCAAAACGCUGGACUCUAGACGCUGGACUAAUUGCUCUUAUUAUAUUCCUGGUGGUAAUUUUAAUUAUUGGGGUGUUCGUUACUAUAGUGAGAUGUUCACACCAAGGGAAACCUGAGUUUAAACGGCUUCAAGAAUUGCCAAUGAACAGAUUAAAUGAAGAGGCUCCAUUUGCACAGUAUCCGCCCAAAUAACCCAGAACGCUGGCUUGACUGCAUGAGAAUGUUCUGGAAAGUGAUAUGACGCUUGUUUGGCUGUUGAUUAAGUUACUCACCAGUUUAUCUCUUCUCACUCACUCAUUUUCUUACUGUUCUGCCCAUAGUUGCAUGGUUAACCCUUUAAUCAUGGAAGACGUAAUGAGCUCUAACUUAGCUGCUGUAGAAAAGCCUGCUCGCUUAAAAUAGAAAGUGGAUUUUAUAUUGGAGAUGAUUACAAAGAGCUUCUAAUCUCGGGCAUGAGGCCGCUGUAAUUGUUUGGGUCUUGGCUGUUAGUAACUAUCCAAUUUUUCCACAAAUUGGUGUUGCAAAAGUAAUUUGGUUCUUGAACUUUAACAGGCAAAAUGUUUUCUCUUUGAACAAACAGUGGAUGUUUUUUAAAAUGGGAUUCCUAUCUUUGAGGCGGUACACUUGUUCCAGCAACUGUCCUGACCAGAUGUCAAUGAUCCAGACUUGAAUUUGAGCUGAGAGGCCCCAAUAAAACCCCCAAUUUGCCUGGGCCCUCGAACCCUUAGAACUUGCAAAGUACCUCAGGCCCCUGAAGCAUUUCUUCAAAAGGUAGUCACCGUUGUAAAGUAGGUGAAUGCAGUUGUCAACCAGUGCACAGUAAGAUCCCACAAACAAUGACGAAGUGAAUGAUGGUGAGACUACUAGUUGUUCAGUUUGUAACUUAGCACUGGCACCUUAUCUGCUCAACAGUCACAGUGGGGAAUGGGUGAGGAAGGACAAUUUCUGGCUAUUGCCCUGCAGCCUUCUGUAUCUGAGCCAACAAUAACUUCCAUUUAUAUAGAACGUUCAAUGUAGUAAAACAUCCUAAGGUGCUUCACAGGUGCCAAAAAAGAAAUUUGUAUGGAACUACGUAAAGAGUUAUUAGGACUGGGUGAAGCAAUAGGUUUUAAGGAGUAAAAACAGAAAAUUCUGGAAAAACUCAGCAGGUUUGGCAGCAUCCAUGGUUAGAGAAACAGGGGUAACGUUUCAAGUCCGUGUAUGACUCUUCUUCAGAGUCUUUUAUUUCAGAUUUGCAGCUUUUGGAGUAUUUUGCUUUUACCUUAGGUUUUAAGGAGCAGCUGAGACAGAGGUAGAAAGCCCAGGUACCAGAGCUUAGGGCCCAGGCAGCUGAAGCCACAACUGCUAACACUGGACCGAUAGAACCCCAGGAUGCACAAGAGGCCAGAAUUGGAGGAGCAAAGAGACCUUGGAGAGCUUCAGGGCUGGAGGAGGUUUAAGAGAUAGGGGAGGGGCGAGGAGAGAUUUGAAAACAGGGGUGAAAAUAUUAAAACUAAGGCGUUGCCGGGCCAGGAGCCAAUGUCAAUCAGAGAGCACAGGGGUAAUGGGACUUGGGUGUGAGUUAGGAUUUGGGCUGAUGAGCUUAGGGUGCAAGGUAGAAAGCUUACCAGGGGUGGAUUGGUUUAGUUUAGCACAAUCAGCAAAAUUGCACCCACAUUCUAUCAAAGGAGCUCUGAGAAAAUAAGGAGGCACAAAGGGACUGUGGUUCAGAAAGUGGAGUUUAAUCUCCAAAACUUGGCCUGAUGGAUAAGGCAACACUGAUUUUCACUACAGCCUGAGAGAAUUCACAGGAGUCAAAUGGGCAAGGACAAAAUCUGCAUUACUGACAUUAGGACAUAGAAACAGUAGGAGGCCAUUCAGCCCUUUUUAUCCACUUCUGUUAUUCAAUGAUAUCUUAGCUGAGAUCAGUAUCUCAACUCCAUCCACCUGCCUUGGUUCUGUAACACAGAACACACUUACCCAACAACAAUCUACCAAUCUUAGUUUUGACAUUUUCAAUUACCUACCCCCGCCCAGUCUCAUCAGCCUUUUGGGGGAAAGAGUUCCAGAUUUCCGCACCACUUUUAGCUAGAACUGUUGUAAAACAUUUUGCUGAUGUCUAUGAUGCAGUUUCCAAUCUUUCUUGAAAAUAAUCAAGCAAACUUGCUCAGAUUGACAUUGGGAUCGUUACUGGAUUCAAUGGUCUCCAGUUUGGGGAAGAUGGGAGAGCAGCCAAGGUUCAUUUUCCUGAGGUGGUGAAAGGCGCUAUAUCAAUGCAAGCUCUCUCUUUCUAUACAGUCAUGGACACUGUCAUGGGGUGCCUGUAUGGGUCACAUACCUGUGCUCCCUUGCUGUGGUCUCCAUGGUGAUGAUGUGCCUAACUCAAAACUGAAUGGGAAAAGCCACUUUCUAAUGAAUCCCUGCUCUUAGAACAUCAGAAACAGCAGAAGGAGUAGGACAAUGGGCUACUCGAGCCUGCUCUGCCGUUCAGCAAGAUCAUGGUUGAUCUGAUUGUGGCCUUAAAUCCACUUUCCUGCCUGUCCCCCAUAACCCUUGUCUCCCUUGUCAAUCAAAGAUCCGUCUAACUCAGCCUUG